AGCUCAACUAGUGGAGGACUUGGUUGUCCAUCCAGAGGCUGCGGGUUCACUUCCACUAUCCAGCUGAGGGACUGUCCAACCCCAACAAGGCGAUUGGUCACUCUGUUGGGAAGGCGUCAACAUUCCAGCCGGCUUGAAACAAAAGCGGAGUCAUCAUUCGCCGCCUCAGGCAAAGAUGGCGUUGGCAUGUCGGACAUUGAUCUUCCUUUGUGGGGUCAGCGGACUGAUGACUGGAGCUUGGUCUCAACUUGGAGCCUCAAGUAAUCAGUGUCCCACAGGCUGGACGCGGUUGGACAAUCGCUGUUUCAUCGUUCGAAAUGACAGACUUACUUUUGCCGAAGCAGAGGAAAACUGCAAACGUCUUGGUGGGAAUUUGGCCUCCAUCCGCAGUCCCGUGGAACAAGCACUCAUCGAUGUGCUGACUGAGGAGGUGCUGCUCAACCUGGAAGUUGACGAAGAAGUUACCGAAGGUUUGGUCAAUGGCGGAGACUUCUGGAUUGGACUCCAUUUUUCCACAGAGGAGGAAGACUUUGUUUGGACCGAUGGCUCAGACUUUGACUUUGAUCUUCUGAAUUCAGUAGGCGACAUCGAUGACAUUCCAUUCUGCGUACUGUUUGACGGGGGUGUGUGGAGUGAGGCAUCUUGCUCGGAGAGCAACUCCUAUGUUUGUGCCCGAGACGUGUUCCAGUGUGUCUCCAUCUGCAUGCAGCAGGGGGCGCCAUUGCCCCCCCAGAGUGAAUCAAUUUAAAGAUUGUAUUUCAUAACCUGUCAAAUAACCUGUCA